UUCGCGUGCAUGAUGCCGUUUCCCGCUUGUCUUCCUCCUAUUCUACUAUUCAUUCUUCCACUUUGCACCCUAUGGUCGUUUGCACAUGCGGCGCAGUAUUCAUCCUCAUUCCCAGCAGUCCGAAUUCGUAGACACCCUCUGGUCAGGCCUCCUGCGCGAGCCGUAUCUCACAAUGCAGGUCUCCCAAUUCGCCAACUCGCAGGCGCUAUGCCACCCGAGCGCUGGCCCAUCGUCGAUAGUGUGAGUGCCUUCUCCCUUACCAGAGGUGUACCACGCCGCCUCUCAAGAGAGCACGGCAUCCGCAGAUUGAGUCGCGGGCCCAGCGGUGCCGUCUACGGCUUUGCCCUUGUGAACGCCAGCUUCGGCUCGGCGGUGGUCUACGAUGAGGGAAUGCCUACGCGUGCGUCCGUAAUCCUCAUGUAUAAAGGCACCGGAUAGUGUGUAUGCUGACUUCUUUACGCACCUCAAUGAUGCAUACGACACUGGGGGAUGCAGUGUCCGCGCGGCCCCGGCGGCGCAAGACCAAGAAGCUCAACGUCAAAAUCAACGUCACGGACGCGGCAACUGCGGAAAGGGCUGUCGAUACGAAGUCUCAGAUGCUGUUUCUGGAGACCGAUCAUAUGCACAACUGUCUGUAGGGUCUCAGAGAGGAUUCUAUUGCUCUUUAUAUUA